AUGGAACGGAAGAGAGAUUUGACGCGGACUUCAGCUCUGUACUGCUGGAUCCUCAUCAACUCCGUGCUGGCUGAAGACUGGACACGUGUUCACACUGAGGACGAGCUAUUCAGGACCCUGUUUGGAGGCUACAGCAAGUGGACGCGUCCGGCGCGAAACAUCACCGAUGUGGUCAUCGUCAAGUUUGGCCUCUCGAUCGCACAGCUGAUAGACGUGGAUGAGAAAAAUCAGAUGAUGACGACCAACGUGUGGCUAAAACAGGAAUGGACUGACUACAAGCUUCAGUGGAGUCCCUCCGACUUUGACAAUGUGACGUCCAUUAGAGUUCCUUCUGAGCUCAUCUGGGUGCCAGAUAUUGUGCUGUACAACAACCAUUACAAGUCCUCCUGCUCCAUUGACGUCACCUUCUUCCCUUUUGACCAGCAGACCUGCAAGAUGAAGUUCGGUUCUGGACGUACGACCCGCAAGAUUGACCUGGAGCCCUUUGAGAUGCGGUGCGACCGGAAG